UAUGCUAACCUCUGCCCAAGCAAGUUGUCAACUGAGAAUAGGUUUUAGCGCCUCUUUAUUCGGAUUCUAUCGGGAUGAGAAUGGGGAUCCACUAACACCAAGGAAUGAAACUACAGGAAAACCCAAUUGGAAUAGACAAUUGUCCGUUCAUCAGUGGAGUAAUAAAGUCAUUCGACAAGCGACGUACAAUAAUUGGAGAGUUCGUAAGGGAGUUAUACAAAAGACAGUUCACUUGGUCGUUACCCCUAAUGUUGUCAGGGAAGUCAGAAAGCAUUUUAAUUGCACUAGCCUUGAAGGAGCAGAACUAGAGAAUCAAGGAGGUUCCGGAACAGCCCUGACCCACUGGGAAAAAAGAAUUUUUGAACAUGAAGCUAUGACAGGUACCUAUACGCAAAAUCCAAUAAUAUCCAGCAUUACUCUGGCACUAAUGGACGAUACAGGAUGGUAUAAAGCCGACUAUUCAAUGUCUAGAGAUUUGAGAUGGGGCAAAAAUUUAGGUUGUCAGUUUGCAACUCAAAGUUGUUUGUCAUGGAUGCUAAACAAACAACAAAAAAAUGAGUCUCUGGAUCCUUUCUGUAAUAUACCUCCAGGAAAACAAGUUGUAACAAAAUGUGAUGAGGAUAAAAAAUCCGUCGUUAUGUGUAAUAUGGUUAAAUAUAAACAACCACUUAUCGAUGACUUUCAAAAUUUUCUAAGCAUUCCCGGAAUUAAAAAUUCAGAUGUUAAAUAUUAUGGCAGUAGCGCUAGUUUGUCGGAUUUUUGUCCUUUUUUUCAAGAAUUUGAAUGGAAAACUAAUGGAAAAUUUCUGAGAACUUCAGUUUGUUCAUUCCCUGAAAAUCAAUUAGGAAAAGUCAAUAAUUUCUUACUGGAAACUUAUGGAAAAGAGUCACGCUGUUUUGAAAACCUAAGAUAUACUCCAUGGUAUACGUUAAAUUGUAAGAAUAGAUCAAAAUUUACGCUUCCUCACGUUGGAAGUGCAUGUUAUAAGUAUGAAUGCGAUCCUGAUAAUGGACUACUAGUUACCGUAGGGAAGGAAAAGAUCAAAUGUUCGCGAAAAGGGGAAGUUGUUGAGAUUUCGUCUAUUGUUGAUAAUUGGCUGCAUAAAGGGAAUAUUAUUUGCCCUGAUUGCUUGGAUAUGUGCCCAAAGGCAUUUUGUCCUCUACAACAAACUUUCACACCAAUUUCAAAGACAGAAGAUAACCUUACAACUUGCAAAGAUAUCCAAUGGGCGGAGAGUGGAAGAUACGAAAAUGAUCUUGGACCCCAAAACUAUAGAGGACCAAUAUAUUGCGCUGAAGAGCUGAGUAGACGAUUAAUAGACAAGAACUUACGAAUUUUAGAUGUCGCCGCCGGAACGGGAUUCUUGGGAAAGGAGCUGGCAAAGCUUGGCCAUAAAAAUAUAGAUGCCCUUGAACCUUCAAUUGGUAUGAUUAAAAUGCUAAAGAGGUUAGCGACAUAUACCAGAGUAUAUUCGGAUCAAAUCGACGAAACGGAAAUUCUCUCAAUAGAGGCAGGCGAGUGA